AUGAUGCAAUUAAACAAAGUAUCUCGUUUUCAAUCAGAAAAAAAUGUACGUCCACCUGUUCAAAGUAUGGAUAUUAUCAAUCCAACAAAUGAAAUUUUAACAGUAAAUCAAGAAGGUAAUACUUUGAUAUGGUAUGAUACAUCAUUAGCUUUACCAAAUCAAGAUAUUUCGAAGACAAAACAAGUAUUACGUUCUGUUAAUGAUUAUGUUCUAUUAUUUGAUAAUGAAGAAAAAUGUAUUGACUAUAUUAAAUCGAUUGAUACUGACAAUAUUUUUAUGGUAAUAUCAGGUAGUAGUUCACCAAAUCUUCUUCCACAAAUUCAUAAUAUCAAACAAGUUAAAGCCAUAUGCAUAUUUUGUAUAAAUAGAGAAGUCUACAAAUCAUCAUCAAGUGAUUUUGAUAAAGUUAUUGGCAUUUAUACUAAACAAGAAGAAGCUAUUACAUGUUUAAAAAAUGCUAUUGAUUCUUUUCAUCAACAAAUACCUUUAGUUGGUUUAAUGAAAACUAGCACUAAACAAGAAAGUCAUAUAAAUGCAACGGAUGCAUAUGAUUUUAAAAAGCAACAACUAAUGAAAGAUAUUCUUUUACGAAUGCCACGAACACAACAAUCAAAACAAAAAUUAAUUAAUUAUUGUCGAUCCUAUUAUCAAGGUAAUCAAAAGUAUUUAGAGGAAAUAGACGAAUUUCAUGAUGAUUACAAGUCACCCAGCAAAGCAAUCGCUUUAUAUACACGUGAUUCAUUAUGGUAUCGAAUGAUUAAUCAUGCAUUUCGAAUUCAAGAUUUAAAGUUAUUAGAAAGAUUUCAAUUUUUUAUUAAUGAUUUAUCUCAAUCACUUAACGAGGGUUUCGAACAGUUAAAACUCUCGUUAUCACUGACCGAACGGAAAACUACCACACUCUACCGUGGACAAAAAUUCUCAAAAGAAGAAUAUAGUCGAUUUCCGUCCUAUGGAUAUGUAACAUUUAAUAGUUAUCUUUCAACAUCGUCAAAUAUUAAAGUUGCAAAUAUGUUUGGAGGCUGUGAGAACGAGAAGAUUUUGCUAGAUGAAGGCUUAGUGCCGGUGUUGUUUCAGAUUGAAUUAGAUUUGACAUUAUUGAACAAUGAGACCGUGGCUCUAGCUAACAUCACUGAUAAUUCUCAAUUUUCAGAAGAAUGUGAAUAUUUAUUUGAUUUUGGUGCUACAUUUGAAAUUAUUAGUAUUAACAAUCGCACAAUUAAAAUGAUUUUGUCAGAUAAACCACAUCAUGUCUCAUCAGCACGAUUAAAAAGUGGAUAUUUAUAUAAAUAUGCAUCACAAGACAUAAUCCAUGAAAUUGGAGACGAAGAUGCAUCAUCGAUGGAGAAUUUUUCUUCAGAUCUUUUACUUAUUGAUCAAACUUUAUUCAAAUUAAAUACAUUUGAAAAACAGAUUGUAGAGACUUCAAUUGACAAUGACAAUUAUCAAAAAGCAAGUAAAUAUUGUAUUGAAGCACAUAUUCUUCCUCGUAUUGAUCCCAAUUCUUUGUACGCAAUUGAAUGUCGUCGAAUUAAUCGCCCAUAUCCUGAUGAGCGUACUGAUGUUUACAAGCAAGCAAUAAAAUAUUUUCAAAUUUAUUCUGAAUAUUCGUCUAACGAACUUAUUGAAUGGCCAUUACUAGGGCUCGGAUAUGCACAUUAUCAGAUCGAUAGGUAUCAGGAAGCACAAAAAUAUUUUACUGAAGCAUUGGAAAUCACUGAUCAGCCUUUAAAUAUGAUAACAUGCUAUUAUUAUCUUGGUUGUAUAUGCGGUGAAUUAUCAAAUUACGAAGAAUCAAUGGAUAAUUUUAAUAAAAUUUUGCAAAUCGAAAAUGAUAUAAACUUAUCUUUUAUUGCUGCUAUUUAUUUUCAAAUGGCUAUGUUUCAAAACAAAACAAAGAAAAAAGAAUAUUUAUCAUUAGCAUUAGAAAGAUAUGAAAAAACAAAUGAAGAGUUAUUUGUAUUAAAAUGUCACAGUGAACUUUUAAUGUUAGAAAAUUAUCCAUCUAAAGAUGCAUGUGUCAGUAUAUUAGAUCGUUAUUACAAAUAUUGUCAAGAUCAACAAAUUGAUUUAAAAUGA